AGAACGUGCGCAGGCAAGUAGUAACAAUAUCGUGCAUGACACAGAAUACAUGAAGAAUUGACUUUAUAUCAUUACAUGUGUGAUCCUCCUGGGGCUUGUGUGAACGAUUUGAUCUGUAUUUGUAUAAUUCGGCGAGUUCAAAUCGAGUAGAAGCUAGCUACGCGUUUGCUGUGCUUACUACACCAGAUAGUUAGCAAGACAGCUACGUAUUAGUAUUAUAGCUUGAUCAAGUGAGGUCUACUGUUGCAAUGGUAAUGGACUCUCCCAGUGGUGAUAGUCAUUUUACAUCGCAAGCUAGCGAGAUCAUGUAAGAAGCAGCGAACCUGGCUGGCUAUACUUGUCAUAUCAUGUGACUUAUAUUUUAGUGUAUAAACAAAACGAUCGACACAGAAACGAUGUGAUUGCCAUGAGGAAUUCGCAAUUCAUAUUCAUAUUCAACUGUAGUGCCAUUUUUAUUUCCCGCCAUUGGCUUUCCGCAAUUGUGACAAGUUGAAACUGUGUGAACAACCCGUCUCGAGCUCCAGACAAAAUAAACUACAGCCACAGAACACUAUAGUAGUUAGAAGUGAACAUACAAACAUGAACGGUGUUCAUGUAAUAGAAGAGAUCCAAACACUACGGUUUCACAUGCCACUAUGAAGUACAUCUUGGUCACUGGAGGUGUCAUAUCCGGAAUUGGCAAGGGCAUCAUUGCCAGUAGUGUGGGCUUAAUCCUGAAGUCCUGUGGUCUGCAUGUGACUGCCAUCAAAAUCGACCCCUACAUCAACAUUGAUGCUGGCACCUUCUCACCUUAUGAACAUGGUGAAGUGUUUGUGUUGGACGAUGGAGGUGAGGUGGACCUGGAUUUAGGAAACUACGAGCGCUUCCUGGACAUCAGGUUAACCAGGGACAACAACCUGACCACGGGCAAAAUCUACCAGUCUGUCAUCAACAAGGAGAGGAGGGGAGACUACUUGGGCAAAACUGUACAGGUGGUGCCACACAUCACAGAUGCCAUUCAGGAGUGGGUGGUGAAGCAGGCCAAGAUCUCAGUGGAUGACGAUGGGGUGGAGCCACAAGUCUGUGUUAUAGAGUUGGGAGGCACUGUGGGAGACAUUGAGAGCAUGCCAUUUAUCGAGGCCUUCAGACAGUUCCAGUUCAAGGUGAAGAGGGAUAACUUCUGCAACAUUCAUGUCAGCUUAGUCCCACAGCCCAGUGCCACAGGAGAACAGAAGACGAAACCCACUCAGAACAGUGUCCGAGAGCUCCGUGGACUAGGACUCUCCCCAGAUCUGAUCAUGUGCCGCUGUGCGACACCUCUGGAGAACGCUGUCAAAGAGAAGAUCUCCAUGUUUUGUCACGUAGAGCCCACGCAGGUCAUCUGCGUGGCAGAUGUGUCGUCCAUCUACAGAGUACCCCUACUACUGGAGGAGCAGGGGGUGGUGGGCUAUAUCUGCCAGCGGCUGGACCUGCCUAUUGAGAUGAGGGCCAGGAAGAUGCUCACCAAGUGGAAGGAGAUGUCCGACAGGUCUGACCGACUCCUGGAACAUGUGUCCAUCGCCCUGGUAGGGAAGUACACAAAGUUCUCUGACUCAUAUGCCUCUGUCAUCAAGGCCCUGGAGCACUCAGCCCUCGCCAUCAACCACAAACUAGAGAUCAAGUUCAUCGACUCUGCAGACCUAGAGCCAAAUACACUGCAGGAGGAGCCUGUGAAGUACCACGAGGCCUGGCAGAAACUCUGCAGUGCUGAUGGUGUCUUGGUACCUGGAGGCUUCGGUGUACGGGGGACAGAGGGGAAAAUCCAGGCUAUCAGCUGGGCAAGGAAAAAGAAAAAGCCAUUUUUAGGGGUAUGUUUGGGCAUGCAGUUGGCAGUGUGUGAAUUUGCCCGCAAUGUUCUUGGCUGGCAAGAUGCAAACUCUACUGAAUUCCACCCAGAAUCUAAACACCCUGUGGUGAUUGACAUGCCAGAACACAACCCUGGGCAGAUGGGUGGGACUAUGAGGCUGGGGAAGAGGCGGACCAUCUUCAAAUCCAACACCAGCAUUUUGAGAAAGCUGUAUGGUGAUGCUGAAUAUGUUGACGAGAGGCAUCGUCACCGUUUUGAGGUGAACCCUGAGCUGAAGCACCACUUUGAGGAGAGGGGCUUCCAUUUUGUCGGCCAAGACGUAGAGGGAGAGAGGAUGGAGGUCAUUGAGCUGGAUGAUCAUGCCUAUUUUGUUGGAGUGCAGUACCACCCAGAGUUCACUUCUCGUCCCAUCAAGCCCUCGCCCCCCUACUUUGGCCUCCUGCUGGCUGCAGCAGGGAAACUCCAGAGCUACCUACAGAAAGGUUGUCGCCUCUCACCACGAGACACAUACAGUGACCGCAGCGACAGCAGCUCUCCAGACUCUGAGAUCGCUGAACUGAAAUUUUAGGAAUUACCAGUUACAUGUAUCUGUUACUCUGUUGAUGCUGUUAUAGUUCACCUCAUCUUUUCGAACUCAAUACACAGCCUCCGCUCAUCUACCUGACAAUAAAUACUUUUUUCUGUCACCCAACGGAAGGUCUCAUUACUGAGAAAAGUAGCUCACUGAAAUGAUGCAGGAAACUAAAAUGGCUAGAUUUUUGACUAUUUUUAAACAAUUGAAUUGAACAAUUGAAUGCAACAUAUCGGCAUUACAAUGCCCCCCUUUUUAAAUGGUAUUCUUCAAAGUGAAACUUUGUCCAAGAACACUAAGAAACAACAGUGUGAAUACAGUUUGAUAAUAUGUAAAUGUAGUAAGAGAUGUAUGUGCUUGUCAAUUUCCCUCAGAAAAAAACACCCAGCGAGGUGUUAUUGAAUAAAACAGUGAUGCACUAAUGAAUGGAA